CCAAACUUCCGUACACCUUUUCUCGUGGCCAGCCUGAACGACGUCACUUCCGGUACCUAAAUUCACACAGCUGUGGACCCUUGACAGUAUUCCUCGGAUGAAAGGAUCAUGUUUGCUCGCGUCCCCAAUCAAGUGUCCAGUCCGAGUUCAGCCCAAAAGAUGACCAAUCGGCGCUAUUGGUACCGCGCGACGGCCAGCAGAGGCGCCGUCGACUCCCUCCCAACUUGUUUUGCCGUCUCAAGAAGACAAAAAAACGACCGUCGGCUGUGGGAUGUUGAGCUCCGUCCGCGCUGCGGUUUUUCACACCUUGUCAUUGACCCAAGUUGGACUUUGGAGAAGGAUUCCCUCGCCCCGCUCCGACGGCGCACGCACGAGGACUUAACGCGCCGCCUCGGGAAAGUUUCCGCGGACGAAAUGCGGCGGGAGGAGCCAGAGGAGGCAAGAUGGCGGCGGAGGGACACAGGAAAUAAGCCGCUCCGAUGUACAGCAUGAUGAUGGAGACCGACCUGCACUCCCCCGGGCCCCAGACCAACACGGCCGCGGGGCCGACGGGGCCCAACGCGGGCUCCAAGGCGAGCCAGGAGCGGGUGAAGAGACCCAUGAACGCCUUCAUGGUGUGGUCGCGCGGCCAGCGCAGGAAGAUGGCGCAGGAGAACCCCAAAAUGCACAACUCCGAGAUCAGCAAGAGGCUGGGGGCCGAGUGGAAGGUGAUGUCCGAGGCGGAGAAGCGGCCCUUCAUCGACGAGGCCAAGAGGCUGCGGGCCAUGCACAUGAAGGAGCACCCGGAUUACAAGUACCGGCCCAGGCGGAAGACCAAGACGCUGCUCAAGAAGGACAAGUACUCGCUGGCCGGCGGGCUGCUCUCCGGGGCCGGCGGCGGCGGCGGCGGGGGAGUGGGCUUGGGGGUCGGCGUGGCGUCUUCCUCGGCGGGCCAGCGGCUGGAGAGCCCCGGGGCGCCCCACGGAGGCUCCGCGGGGGCGGGCUACGCGCACAUGAACGGCUGGGCCAACGGCGCCUACUCGGGUCAGGUGGCCGCGGCCGCGGCGGCCGCCGCCAUGAUGCAGGAGGCGCACCUCGCCUUCGGCCAGCACCCGGGCGGAGGCGCGCACCACCUCAACCACCACCACCACCACGCGCACCCGCACGCCCACCACGCGCACCACCACGCGCACCACCACCACGCGCACAACCCGCAGCCGGUGCACCGCUACGACAUGAGCGCGCUCCAGUACAGCCCCAUCUCGAACUCGCAGAGCUACAUGAGCGCGUCCCCGUCCGGCUACGGCGCCCUCGGCUACGCGCAGCACCAGGGCUCCGCCGUGUCCUCGUCGUCGUCCUCCUCUUCGUCGUCGUCCGCCGCCGCCGCCGCCGCCGCCGCCGCGGCCGCCGCCGCCUCCUCCUCAAUGGGCGCUCUGGGCACGCUGGGCUCGCUGGUCAAAUCGGAACCCAGCGUCAGCCCGCCGGUGAGCGGGGGUCCGCACGCGCGGGGUCCCUGUCCCGGGGACUUGCGGGAGAUGAUCAGCAUGUACUUACCCACCGGGGAGCCGGCGGACGCGGUCAUGCAGAGCCGGCUGCACGCCUUGCCGGCGCACUACCAGAGCGCCGCGGCGGGCGUCAACGGGACGGUCCCGCUCACGCACAUCUGACCCGCUCACAAGCCAAUCACUGGAAUUGCAAAGGAACGCAGAACCAAAUAUUUACCUCUUUUCUAGACCCCCUCCUGCAAGAACUACCUGAUUUUGGUUUGUUUGUUUUUGUACAGAAUGUUUAUCACGUGUAAAUGAAGGCUCUCCCUCUCUCCUUUUUUUUUUCCUUGUUCUUGUCGAGGAGGAGGGGGCACAAAACUGCUGAUAUUUUUCUUUAACCUGCUAUUAAAUCAUCUUUUCUAGUCUAAAACACUCCCGGUGCACCUUGCGCUUUUCACCAUAUUUUUAUUUCAUCUAAGUUAUUUAAAAUAUCAAUACAAUAUUACAGAGAGAAAUGGGUAAAAAAAAAAAUAAUAUCCCUUUUUAAUCUUUAAAGCGUUUGUGUUCCAACCCGCGUUUUAUUGUUGUAACACCCUCCAGUCUUAUUGUUGUACAUUUGUGAAUAAUUUUAAUUUCUGAAAGAAGGGUGACUUGGCAACGUGCUGUUGUAAUUUAUGUGCUUUUCUGCAAGUGAAAAGCCCUGAUACUUUACUGCAAUGAUACACACACACACACGCAAAAUGAAUGAAAUAAAUUUCACAAGAUGUUGCUUUGAAUUAUUACGCGAAAUGACUCUUUGGAUGCAAAAAAAAAAAAAAUGUUUUUCAAUUUAAAGUCAUGACUGCCGCGAGGUUUUAAACGGCUUUAAUAGCUCGUGCGCAAUUGUGGAAAAACGAUUAUCUCUCAUUUUAUGAUGGCCAACUUUUAUUGCUCAAGGCUGAAAUUAUUAUAACUUAUUUUUAUUUCUUGCACUUCUAUCUUUCUUCCUUGUCUGUGCAAACAGGCCAAAAUGAUUUAUGAAUCUUUUUGUUUCUUUCAGGAUCUUAAAUGCAUUUUAAGGCCUUCUUCAAACAAACGUGUUACUGGUCUUAUGCUAAUCAAUCAUCUUUAAAUUGCUGUUAGUUUUUGAUCAGACACUUAUUUUCAUCUACUUUGGAAAA